CUUAAGGGUUAAGGCAGCCAGCGCAUUGCGCGCACAGGUGUCUCGCCAGUCCUUUAUGAAACAGCGCCUGCAAACUGUUGGCGAACUUUUUUUUCUUUAAUUAAGUUGAUCAUAACUGUAACUCAGCUGGGAUUUUCUGUCCUACUAGACAGGCCACUGUAAUUCAUGUAGUUAGAUCUUAAGUGGGUUUGCUGACCGCAGCCCUAAUCUCUCGCUACUAUUAAACGUGGAGCGACUAACCUGGAGUGCUCUCCACAUCGAGACCGGUCCCGCACGCCCUUGUUUCGCUGCUUUUGUGCCGCAUGUGAUUCCAGUUGUUAGAAAACGAAUUACGCGAGAGUUUGGACAUAGUUUUAAGAAUUUUCCUCAAACUUUAAAGUCGUGUUAAACUUCUUGCAUUUUCAAGAUUUUUAGCGUGCAUUCUGUUACGCGUCGGAUAUGUGGUGGAUGCUGUUUCCACGAUGGAUUUGGUUUCUUCUGGGACAUUGUUAUACCAUACUCCUUUAUAUGGACAGCUGCCGCGUGAGAGCAAUGCCCAUGCCCAUGUCUGUGGCAAAAGUGGUGUACUCUCACGCAGGUCUGUGCCCGAAUGACCUGAACCCCAACCUGUGGGUGGAUGCUAUGAGCACCUGCAUGCGCGAGUGUGAAUCUGACCAGGACUGUGAGACAUUUGAGAAGUGCUGCCCUAAUGUAUGUGGUAACAAGAGCUGUGUGGCAUCACGCUAUAUAGACGUCAAGGGCAACAAGGGCCCCAUUGGAAUGCCAGAGGGCGCCACCUGCGACAAGUUCAUGUGCUCUCAGCAAGGGUCAGAGUGCGACAUCUGGGAUGGCCAGCCCGUUUGUAAGUGCCGGGACCGCUGUGAGAGAGAACCCCACUUCACGUGUGCGUCUGACGGCAUGACAUACUAUAACAAGUGCUACAUGGAUGCCGAGGCCUGUUCCAAGGGUAUCUCUAUUUCUGAGGUCACCUGCAGGUACCACCUAACCUGGCCAAACACCAGUCCAAUCCCAGCAGAGACAACAUUACAUCCUACCACCGCCCUCCAGACCACCCUCCCAGCUGACAUCCAGCUCCCCACCAUACACAGUGGCCCCACCCAACUGGCUGUUUUUGUGGGUGAGACAGCUAGCUUCCUGUGUGAUGUCUCUGGGAAACCACAUCCGGAAAUCACCUGGGAGAAACAACUGAAGGGCAAAGAUAACACCAUAAUGAGACCUAAUCAUGUCCGAGGGAACGUUGUGGUCACUAACAUUGGCCAGCUGGUCAUAUACAAUGCGCAACUUCAGGAUGCCGGUAUCUAUACGUGUACAGCCAAAAACGUUGGAGGAAGUGUAUCGUCACACUUUCCCUUGGUAGUGAUCAGGAAGGAGGCGACAGGUAAGAAUGCAGAGGGGAAUAGUACCAACCUGCCAUUUUCAGCUGAAGAGUGUCUUAAAAGUCCAGACACAGAUGACUGUGGAGAAGAGAGCAUGAGCUGGUACUAUGAACCAAAGAGGAACAAUUGCUUCACCUUCACCUACAGUCAGUGCAAUAAAAACCGUAACCAUUUCAACACCUAUGAAGCCUGCAUGCUGUCAUGUGGAGGAGAGCUGGCGGCUCCAUGCAGCCUACCGAGCCUCCAAGGGCCUUGCAAAGCAUAUGAGCCUCGCUGGGCUUAUAGCAGCGGCCUCAAAAAGUGCCAGUCCUUUGUGUACGGAGGGUGCGGUGGCAACGAGAACAACUUUGAGUCUAAAGAGGCCUGUGAAGAGAUGUGUCCCUUUCCGAAAAACCACAACUGCAAGAUGUGUAAACCCAGAGCCAAGAUGGUCACCAGCUUCUGCAAAAGUGACUUUGUGAUCCUCGGGCGUGUGACCGACCUGACGGAGGAGCAAGAGUCUGGCCAUGCUUUGGUGACAGUAGAAGAGAUCUUGAAGGAUGAGAAGAUGGGUCUGAGGUUUUUUGGCAAAGAGCCGCUGGAGGUGACUCUUCUGAACAUGGACUGGAACUGCCCCUGCCCCAAUAUCACCACAGCCGACGGGCAGCUCAUCAUCAUGGGGGAUGUACAAAAUGGCAUGGCCGUCCUGCAGCCCGACAGCUUUGUAGGCUCCUCCAGCACUCGUCGAAUCAGGAAGCUUCGUGAGGUUAUUCACAAGAAAACCUGUGAUUUCCUUAAAGAUUUCUCUGCCGUCCAGUAGUCUUUUAAAGUCUCACACUCACUAAAAGUCUUUUGUCUCAUGAUUAUUCCAAGCUCCAGUGACCUCACUCACCAGUCUGACUGACUGCCAGUAAACAUAAAACAUAACUUAUCUGUAAAAUUGUUGCCUGAUUCAGAUGUUUUUCUUUUCUUACUUUGUUCCUUAUUGCUCAAUAGAUCUCAGAAAAUCCCUCCUCAUAGUUUUUGUUUUUGAAACUGAUCAUUUUUAUCAGUUUUCAUUCAUGAUUUCUUCAAAGAUGCUGUGUCAACACAGUCUUAAUCGCUCUUU